CCGACGAGUCAACUAGCACAUCUCUCUGCUCUCUGCUUUCUCUCUAUCUCUUUCUCUCUCUCUCUCUCUCUUCGUCUCUCUCCACGUUUGUUUUUUUUUUGGUGUGUGUGUGAGCGCUUGACUUCUUUGACGUGUCCCACACACACACACACGGACUAAGUUUUUUUUUUGGUUUUUUUUUUCUUAAUUAGAAAAAAGAAAGAAUGCAAUUGUUUAUUUAAUAUGUGAAGCGCGCGUGAAGGUCUGCAAAGUGAUUCGGGUGCAUUUUGGGAUUACGUCAUUAGUGUGUUGUGUCAUCUGAUUGGCGUUUUUCAACAAAUUCAGGUUGGAAUAUCAAAAAUUCAAAAGAAAUUGGCGCUUUUUUUGCUGCGGACGUCCAACAAAACUAUCGUGUUUUAUCAAUCGAUUUGACAGCUUUUCUUUUGCAUCGUUGCACCUCAGCAAAACGAAAAAAUCAAACAAACAAAAAAAAACAAAAAAAAACAAAACAAAACAAAUUGAAACAUGUUGGGAGAUGGCAGCAGCAGCAGCAGCACCAGCACCAGCCAAGGUAGCGGAGGAGCUUUCUCUUGUUCUUCAUCGGCAGCAUUGCCGCCAGCUAGACGCCAUCACCAGCAGACAGCUGCUUCUGCUGCUGCUGCUGCUGCUGCGGCCGCUAUUGUUGCGGCCUCUACUUGCUGGAGCCCCACCAAUCCAUUCAACGUGCUGGCCAGCGGCGGCUCAGUCGUCGUUCCAUCAACGGCCUCGGAGGAAGCGACAGUAGAAGCGGCUGCCGUACCGCCGCAUUUCACCUACGCCAACGCGUGCACGACGACGCAGCCGAUCCAGCAGCGCAAACGGCCCGGCUGUUCGUGCGAUCACGACGACUACCAGUCGGUUCACGCGACGUCGGGCGCAGCGGGCGCUGCCUAUUACGAUUAUCCGCUAGCGGGCGAUUGCGAGCACGUCGAGCCGCUCGACUUGUCGCUGCCCAAAGUGAAGGUGCGUCAACACUGGUCGGGCGGAUCCAUCGUGCAAGUGAACGAGUCGACCAUCAUCAGCAUAGACAGACGGCCGGACGCGCUGGCCGAUCUGUGUUGCAGUGGUUGUGCUCCGUCCGACGUGGCUGGCCGUUCGCCGUCGAGACUGAACGUGUCGGUGGUGACUGUGCCGCAUCAGAGGCCGUCAUGCUGGACCUCGUCGUCGGCUUUCCAGCAGGCGACGAUCGAUCGACAUCCGUUCCGGCUCCAGAUUGAGAUCCCGUUCGGUGCUAGUGACGAGAAAGCGUUGCCCGGCUUCUUGCGUCAUCCUCCUCCUCCCCACCGACGGAAGUCUGUGCACACGUCUAACAAUAACAAUCCGCUUGCUUCCAGUUGCAGCAACAGCAACAGCAGCAGCAGCGGCGGCGGCGACGCGUUGCCAUUGCAUCCGCCGGAAAUUGCCACCUCCGUCAUGACGGACGUGGCACGAGAAGACGACGAUUUGCAACGCUUGUCUAUUGUGGCACACCAACUCCGCCUCUCCGGAUAUUACUACGGCCACCUUUCUUGGAAAGAGUCGAUGCAACUCUUGCAAAACACAAAGGUGGGAACAUUUUUAGUUCGUGAUUCUUCAGAUGCCCGGUACCUGUACGCCCUGAGCCUUCAAACUGACAAGGGUCCAACUAGCGUGCGAAUUCAUUACUCGAGUCGAGGAUUCCGACUGGACGCUAGCAACACGGGAAUGGCCGACCACUUGCCGCGCUUUAGGACCGUCCUCGACCUGGUCGACCAUUACGUUGCCAAAUGGUCGCAAUGUCGUGACAAAGGACAGUUUUGGCUGGACAAUAGCGGGCAAGUCCACUCUGAAGUUGUUCUCAUCCGGCCUUUGAUGCGCGACUGCCCGCCGUUGAAACACCUGUGCCGGCUGGCGUGGAACUGUCGCCGAUCGACCAGUGCCAACUCGUCUUUGUCGCCAUCGUCUUCCGCCAACAUACCUCCCACCAUCAAGUCCUUUUUGAACGAGUAUCCCUUUCAGCAUUGACAUUUUUAUUUGAGCUCCACGUUUUGCAUUUUGCAUAUUUUUUUUUUUUUUUUUUUUUGAUGAUGAUACAAAAAGUGCAGGGCGAUAUAGUUUGUUUUUUUUUUCCGGAAAGGGACAAAAGAAUUUCAACAUUCCUUUUUUUUUUUUUUAAUUAUUAUUAUUAUUAUUUAUGUGGGUUUGUUUAUUUACGGUUCACAAAAGUCAAUCCCGUUUUUCAACUGUUUUUUUUUUUUUUUUUUUUUUUUCCUUUCGACCAAUCGUCAAUUGUCGUAUGGAGGAAAGAAAAAAAUAGAUUAAAUGCGCGAUGUUGUUUGUUGAAACAUCCCCCGGCCAAAAACAAAAAAAACAAAAACAAAAAAAAAACGACACAGUGCAUUCAUUUUAUUUGACGUCUUGUGUACAUAUGACGUCAUCAUUUCAUUAAUCGUCCCGAUAUGUAAGCAUUGCAUUUCAUAGACGCUAUGCGUCAACGAGCUUUUUUUCCUCCCUCUUUUCAUCGCUGUAUUUUUUUUUUUCUUUGAUUCUCGUACAUGUUUUAUGUCUACGUGCCCGACAAACACACAAAAACAUCCCUGCCAACAAUGCGCUAUUUCUUUUUUUAUUUUUUUUUAUCCCCUCCCCCCCCCCCCCCCGAAAAUUUUAUUUGAUUUAAAAGAAAAGAAAGAAAAAAAAAAUUUUUUGUAUUUUGAUUGAGAAAUUUUUUUUUUUAAAUCUUCUCUUUUAAAUUAAUUGUAUAUCUCCCCCCCCCCCCCCUCAACCCUGCGGCGUUUAAUUGUUUUUCGUGUUUCCUUACUACCCCGGCUCAUCCGCAACACAUGAUUUCUGAAAUUUCGUUGGUAAACGUGUAUUUUCUUUUCUUUUUCUUGUCACCAAAACACACACACAAACGCAGAGAAAAAAAAAAAAAGGAAAGAUUUCAAUGACCGAUGUU